AUGAUCACCGCGGCAGCGCACAGAGAAACCUCUCGAGUCGACGGAAACAAUCACGACUCAAACAAUCGAAUUGUUCUCAUUCAUGAUUCAAGACUCAUACACUAUACACUGUUAUCCAUCCACAAGCUGAAUACUUUCGUCUCAUUGCAUCGAAGCAUCUCUUCCGACAACAACCAUCUUACCCGAUCUCAUAACUUGACCCAUUAUCUCAAAAUAAAAUAUCCUGUCUUGAAGGAAGCUCGGUACUACAAGUUAAUGGAAAGUAAGACGUCAGAUGCUCGAAAACAAUGCUUGGAAUUUGAAGCCAAGAAGAACAGAGCAUUUGCGACAAUGGAAGAAACAUAA